AUGUUUUCAUAUCUAUCUCAUUUUUAUAUCUAUCUAUCCAUAUACUUCAGUCUUUUCACAUAUAUCUCAACGUUUUCACAUCUAUCUAUCUUAAUCUCUUCAUAUUCCUCUAUCUUUCUAUCUAUUGAUCCCAGUUUGUUCAUAUCUAUCUAUCUAUCUAUCUAUCUAUCUAUCUAUCUCAGUCUGUUCGUAUCUAUCUAUCUAUCUAUCUAUCUCACAUUCCUCCCUCCCCGACACUCUCUCUCUCUCUUUCUUUUCACACACGCACAUACUCUAAAUCAUUUAUUUUUCUUUUUCAUUCUUUUUUUUUUUUUUCAUCUCGUCCUUCUCUUCAUGUCUUUUUUCUCAAUCUUCUUCUUGUUUUUUUUUAAUCUUUCUUUUUCUUCUUAUUCUGUUUUAACUUCUUCUUUUUUCUUAUUGUCCCUUUUAUUCUUCCCUUUCGUUUCUUUUUUAAUUUUUCUUCCUUUUCUCGUGACUGAAAAUCACCUGACUUCUUUCUUCUUCCUCUUCUUUUCUUCUUCCAAAUUCUUUCUUUCUUUCUUUCUUUCUUUCUUUCUUUCUUUCUUUCUUCUUCCUCUUCCUUUUUUCUACCAAAUUCUGUCUUCCUUUCUUUCUUUCUUUCUUUCUUUCUUCCUCUUCCUUUUUUCUACCAAAUUCUAUCUUCCUUUCUUUCUUUCUUUCUUUAUUCCUUCUUCCUCUUCCUUUUUUCUACCAAAUUCUAUCUUCCUUUCUUUCUUUCUUUCUUUCUUCCUUCUUCCUCUUCCUUUUUUCUACCAAAUUCUAUCUUCCUUUCUUUCUUUCUUUCUUUCUUUCUUUCUUUCUUUCUUCCAAAUUCUUUCUUUCUUUCUUCUUCCAAAUUCUUUCUUUCUUUCUUCUUCCUCUUCCUUUCUUCUCCCAAAUUCUGUCUUUCUUUCUUUCUUUCUUUCUUUCUUUCUUUCUUUCUUUCCUCUUCCUUUCUUCUACCAAAUUCUGUCUUCCUUUCUUUCUUUUUUCUUUCUUUCUUUCUUUCUUUCUUUCUUUCUUUCUUCCUUUCUUUCUUCCUUCUUCCUCUUCCUUUUUUCUACCAAAUUCUGUCUUCCUUUCUUUCUUUCUUUCUUUCUUUCUUUCUUUCUUUCUUUCUUUCUUUCUCUUCCUUUCUUCUACCAAAUUCUGUCUUCCUUUCUUUCUUUCUUUCUUUCUUUCUUUCUCUUCCUUUCUUCUACCAAAUUCUGUCUUCCUUUCUUUCUUUCUUUCUUUCUUUCUUUCUUUCUCUUCUUUUCUUCUACCAAAUUCUGUCUUUCUUUCUUUCUUUCUUUCUUUCUUUCUUUCUUUCUUUCUUUCUUUCUUCCUCUUCCUUUUUUCUACCAAAUUCUGUCUUCCUUUCUUUCUUUCUUUCUUUCUUUCUUCUUCCAAAUUCUUUCUGUCUUUCUUCUUCCUCUUCCUUUUUUCUACCAAAUUCUGUCUUCCUUUCUUUCUUUCUUUCUUUCUUUCUUCUUCCUCUUUCUUUCUUCUACCAAAUUCUGUCUUCCUUUCUUUCUUUCUUUCUUUCUUUCUUUCUUUCUUUCUUUCUUCUUCCUCUUCCUUUCUUCUUCCAAAUUCUUUCUUUCUUUCUUUCUUUCUUUCUUUCUUCUUCCAAAUCCUUCUUUCUUUUUUCUUCCUCUUCCUUUUUCUUCCAAAUUCUGCCUUCCUUUCUUCCUUUCUUUCUUUCUUCUUCCUCUUCCUUUCUUCUUCUUGACUUAUUUUAUUUCUUCUUUUGCCUACGUUUUUUUUUAUUCUCUUUCUUCUUAG